UGCCCAAUCGACGCGUCAACUAACCUUCCUUACCCCGACUCUCUAUUUACUCCAAACCCUGGACGCAUCCAUCGUCGCAUCUCCUCAAACCCCUCGACCAUGUCGCCGGCGGCGACCGUGUUAGCCGGAGUAAUUCUCUUAGUGUCUCUCUAUUGCGGCCUGGACCCCUUCGGCUACAGCCCCAUGGCGGCGUUUCCCGGCUUUGAGGCAUACCACGUUGAUAUGCCGCCGUGGUCGGAGAUCCCCACGGAGAGGGACGCCGAGAACCGCCUACAGAAGGCGGAGAUCAAGUUCCUUCACCAGAUCCAGGGUCCCGAGAGUGUUGUCUUCGAUCCGCACGGCCGGGGGCCCUACACCGGCAUCGCAGACGGCCGGGUGGUCUUCUGGAACGGGGACUCUUGGAUCGACUUCGCGUAUACGUCCCCAAACAGGUCAGAAAUAUGUGACCCAAAGCCAUCGCCUUUGAGUUAUUUAAAGAAUGAGCAUAUUUGCGGACGACCAUUAGGACUUCGAUUUGACAAGAAAGCCGGUGAUUUGUAUAUUGCUGAUGCCUACUUUGGGUUACUGAAAGUAGGCCCAGAGGGUGGUUUGGCCAAACCUUUAACCACUGAAGCAGAAGGCGUACCAUUUAAAUUCACUAACGACUUGGACAUAGAUGAGGAAGGAAAUAUAUAUUUCACAGACAGCAGCACCAAUUACCAGAGGAGGAACUUCAUGCAACUAGUAUUCACUGGAGAUCCUUCAGGGAGGCUGCUAAAGUACAAUCCAGUUACAAAAGAAACAACAGUGCUGCGUCGUGGCCUUCAAUUUCCCAAUGGUGUCAGUCUAAGUAAAGAUGGGUCAUUCUUUUUGUUUUGCGAAGGCAGCCGUGGCCGAUUGGGUAGAUACUGGUUGAAGGGAGAAAAGGCAGGAACCUUUGAUGUUUUUGCAAACCUACCAGGCUUUCCCGACAACAUCAGAACCAAUGAGAAGGGCGAUUUCUGGGUGGCCAUUCAUUGUCGCCGCAGCAUGUAUGCUGAUGUGAUGAGCCACUAUUUCCGGUUGAGGAAGUUCUUGUUGAGGCUUCCGAUUCCAGCUAAGUUCCAUUUCCUGAUGCAAAUCGGCGGCAAACCUCAUGCUCUGAUCAUGAAGUACAGUCCAGCAGGGGAGUUGCUGGAGGUUUUGGAGGACAGUGAAGGGAAGGUGGUGAGAGCAGUGAGUGAAGUGGAGGAGAAGGAUGGUAAGCUUUGGAUUGGUUCUGUAUUAAUGCCAUUCCUAGCUGUUUACUGAACAUUUCCAACGCGUCAUGGUAUGGAAUCGAAUUUGUUCCAUGAAUCUACUUUAUUAGCUUCUCUUAAAUUAAUAGCCUAAAAGGUUUGGACUUGUAUGUUAUGGGUUAUUGCUCUUGUUUUUGCUUAUUGGUUUACUCCAGUCGAAGCUAGUGCACAAUAAACGGAAAGUUUUGGCCUGCAGAUUGAUAAA